UAGAACAAAAUAAAUUAUGCAUUAGUGAGCGACGAUUAGCUGCCGGCCACUUGUGACAGUGUAUUGAAACCUGUCUUCCAUAAAUACGGUUCCUCUCUAUAUGGCAACAGUGAUCACAUAGAGAGAGACCAUGGUGAACCUAGUGGUAGCAGAGAGGCUAUUGCUGCAUGGUCUCAUGAACAUGGCGGGUAUCAGGCCGUACACGGUGGAGAUAGAGCCUGGGACCGCCAUGAACUUUUGGAUCCCCUCGGAGACCAUAACGAAGCCAAAGAAAAAGGACAAGAAGCCCAGAAUCACCGCGAAGCCCAACAAACCUGCGGUGGUUCUGGUACACGGCUUCGCAGCCGAGGGGAUCAUGACAUGGCAGUUCCAAGUAGGCGCACUUACAAAAAAGUACGCUGUUUAUGUUCCAGAUCUUCUCUUCUUUGGAGGCUCGGCGACCGAUAAACCUAAUCGGUCGCCGAGGUUCCAAGCGGAGUGUUUGGUGGCGGGGUUGAGGAAGCUCGGGGUGGAGAAGUGCGUGGUGGUAGGGUUCAGCUAUGGGGGGAUGGUGGCGUUUAAGAUGGCUGAGAUGUACCCAGAAUUGGUUCUAGGGUUGGUCAUCUCAGGGUCCAUUUUGGCCAUGUCGGAGUCACUCAGCACCACCUUGCUGCAAGAGCUUGGGGUCUCUUCUUUCUCGGAGCUCUUGCUGCCUACUUCUGUUAAGGGUCUUAAGGCACUCUUCUCGAUCGCUGCUCACAAAAAACUCAGGUUCCCCAAUCGUUUGUUAAAAGAUUAUCUUGAGGUGAUGUUCACGAAUAGGAAGGAGCGAAGUGAGCUAUUGGAGGGCUUAGUAAUUACCAACAGAGAUGUCACAAUCCCAAAUUUUCCGCAGAGAAUACAUCUUUUAUGGGGAGAGAAUGAUCGAAUUUUCAAACUGGAGCUUGCCCAAAGUAUGAAAGAACAACUAGGGAAUGGCACAACGUUUGAAAGCAUAAAGAAAGCUGGUCACCUGGUUCACCUGGAGCGACCCUGUGUCUACAAUAGAUGCCUCAAGCAUAUUAUUGCUUCCUUCUUGGACUCAAAUGAACUCAAAAAAUGAUUAAUCUAUUACAUCUUCAACUUUAUUAUAUUUUGAUUCGUCUUUGGCCUAAGAUAUGAAGGAGAUAUCAAAGAUAUAUAUGUUGUCUCUAAUAUCCAUUAUAUUGUAGCUAGUUUUCUAGCUAAUUAACAGUUAGACUACUCUUCGUAUGAUGAUUUUACAGUUCGUUCCUUCC